AUGAGCUCGUCGCACGCUCACGCUGACAAGCACGCAGAGCAAGCGGUAGAUGCAGAUGUGAGGGCCGCAGGCUCAGGCACAGCAUCAGACACCAGCGCGGGCCUUGGAAUCUCUAUUCCUGAUGUUUCCCAAACAGCAAAGGGUGAAAUGGACCAAAGCACUACGGAACACUCUGGCGAGCGGAACACUCCGAACGCAUCGGCGCCGGAUGACGUCUCGCAGAGUGAUGCUGCUCAGAUUACAGAGGAUGCCGCGCAAGAUGAAUCGCAGCAUACAGUCGAGAGUCUUGGACUCAGCACAGCACACGAGAGCAGCACAAUCAAACGAGAUGGAGGUGAUGAUGGGGAAGACGUUGCUGCUGCUGAGGUGCCACAGCCAGAAGUCGCGAUCUCGCAAGAGGCGACGGAUCCGCUUGAACAAGCCUCGAAUGCGUCGGACACACGAGAAGCCAUUACGCAAUCGAAUCCUUCUGCUGCGGCCGGAGCGAGCGCCAACACGGCAGGUUUGUCCGAGACGGGGACUGGCGAGCAAGGGGCACACGAAUCUUCUCAGGAAGCCGCGAGAUCUUCCAUGUAUGCUGCCAGCAAAGCAAGUCUCGUCGAGGACGUGACAACGGAGACCGCUGGUGUGCAAAGUCAAAUUUCGCCGCAGUCGCCCGAUGCGCUAGGGAAAGAGGCUUCGCAGCCGAGCACAGAGCGUGUCGCUCACGAGGACACACAAGCUCCAGGAUCGCAGGGUGAGACAUCGACAAAACCUACAAUUUCCGUUCCAGAGCCAAACAUCAGCAACACAAUAGCGGUGCAGGAUCGAAGCGAUGAAGUAGUCGCUUUGCAUGGAAGGUCUUCCGGGUCUCGCGCUGCAGAUGCGGGCACCUCAUCAGAGCCUAGACCUCCUUCGAUUGGCAAAUCUGCUGCAGCACUUUCCCCGCCCUCCUUGACAGCUCCCGCAACACCUCAAAUGGCUUCGUCCGCUUCAUCGCCCAACACUCCUCGAACGCCCGGCUCGGCGGGAAUCAGGGUGGGCAAAGGACCUCCCCCUACUACCCAAGCUUCGGAGGAAAGACCGUUCGAUUUCAAUAGGUUCCUGGAGCAAAUGAGGACGAAGAGUGCCCAGCCUGUGGGCGAGUAUGUCAAGAGGUGCGUAGGGCUCGCCCCUGCUCGAGUAUGUAUGAGCGAAGUUGACUGACUCGUCUCGUCGCUCGCCCUCCUCUCUCUCAAAGUUUCAUCAAAGGCUUCUCCAAGAAGCCCUAUAGAGUGACAGACCAGCAAAAGCUCAUCUUUGAUUUCCUCGACUUUAUUUCUGGCAUCAUGAAGCAAGUGGCGCCCUUUUCCACGCUGUCGCAGCACGAGUUCGAGAAUGCGAUGGAGGCGAUGGAGAAGCUGAUCAUGAACAGGCUGUACAGCUUCACCUUCAGCCCGGCCAUUGCGAGAGAUGGAAGGUGGAAAGUGCAGACGGACGAUUUGGAGAGAGAUAGAGUCUUUAGACAAAGGGUCAGGCUCUUUGAGUGGAUCAGAGAGGAACACCUCGAUGUGCCGCGUGGGGAACAUAGCCAGAGCUUUGUGGACUUUGCCAAGCAUGGUAAGUGUUCGGCUCUCUGCAUCGCCAAUCUUGUACUCAUAAAUCGAGACUGAUCGCUUCGUCUUGCAUUCACCGCACCACACGUGCAGAACUCCUCAAGAUCAACCACUACAAAGCACCGAGAGAUAAAUUGAUCUGCGUGCUGAAUAGCUGCAAAGUCAUCUUUGGUCUUAUUCGACACCUAUCCAGCCAAGAGAGCGCCGACACCUUUAUCCCUUGCCUCAUCUUUGUCGUCCUCAAAGCGAAUCCGGAUCAUCUUAUCAGCAAUGUGGAGUGAGUCGGGGCUGUUCUUGACGCUUUGGAAGAGCAUCUGCGAGCUGAACGGCUGACGAGCCUCGUGAACGUCUUAAAGGUAUAUUGGGAGAUUCAGGAAUCCGGACAGAUUAUCCAGCGAAUCGGGAUAUUAUCUAUCGAGCUUGGUGCGUUGAUGGACAGCCGAUCGCUCUGUUCAUCCGAAGCUUGCUCACACCAUCACCCCCUCUCCUUGUCAGAUGGGCGCGAUCGCGUUCAUCGAGACGAUGGAUUAUACCUCCUUGUCCAAUAUCAGUCAGGAGGAAUUCGAAGCGUAAGUCGCUCGCAUCGUGACAAGUGCUGAGCGUGCACCUCUGACUAUGGGGAACUCUUUGUCCACCUUGCUACAGCAAGGUCGAGGCAGCGAUUCAAGAUCUGGCCAAGCUACCUCCGGACACGCCCCCACCGAGCAGCUCCUUUGAACGGCAACCGGCAGCGCAUGAAAGUGGUGCGAGCGUCACAGACACGAUCAACUUGGGAGGUCCAGUCGGGGCGGCCGAAUCCGAGACUGCCAAAGCACUCCCCGCUCCGCCCCUCGCGCUGUCUUUAGCGGACGAUACCAAAGCGUUCUUCCAGCGAACGGGCGAAGUGGCACGCGCUGGGCUGGGAGCGAGCUUAGGCAGACCUAUGGGUGCGCUCGGCAGACUGCUGAGCGAUGGAAUCGAUGGAGUCCGAACGCCGCAGAGUGGAGCAGCCAGUGGACCAAACAGCGGCAGAGCAUCCCCUUUUACACACGCAGGAUCCGAAAGCCCCGGCAAUCUCAGCACUGAGAGAGCGCAGGCAUCUUCGCUUGGUGCUGGCGCAGGACGAAGAUUGUUUGCGGGCCUGUUUGGAGGAGAGACAAACGACAGGGAAGAAGGCUCAGCGGGCAACGUGGCAGCGGGAACUUCGACUAGACCUCUUUCUGGAUUCGGAUCUGCCUCGUGGACGCGCGCUUUCAGGGGUCCUGAUGCGGACGAAGAGCCGGGCACGCCCAUUCGAGAAGGCCGGGCUGGUGAAGCUUUCGGAUUUUCGGGCAGAACGUCGAGCGGCACGGCAAGCGGAGGCAACGUGAUUCGAGCUGGGACGGGCGCAGAGGAUCUGACGGACGAGAGUAUUGCGGGACGAUCUGGGCGCGCACAUGCACCUGGAGCGCCUACGAGGAGCGGUAUGGUGGACUUGAUUGGGGCUGCCGAGGGGAGAAGACCGCCUAUCCAGAGGCAAGGCAGUGUGGAUCCAUACUCCAUGCCGGAUGAAGAUCUUGGCGACGGCGUUCGUACCCCUACAGACGAUGGGAGCGAGGAUGAGCAGCCAGGCAUACCGGCAGGCGCUGCGACACGGACCACGAGGGGUACGAGAGGAGGAGACUUUAGGCCCAGCUUUUUGAACGAGAGGGAAGGCGUCAACACGCCCACGAGGAGGAACGUGGGCUUGCCGGAUGAGAGGGAAAGAGACGCCGCGGCUUCGCCAUCCAAUGGGAGAGGUCGACCUGUCCAUGAGGGACAGGAGGACAUCGAUGUGGCUGCGCAGAGCGCUGAGAUCAGCAGAGUACAUCUGGCUGCUGGCGUCGAGACGGUGGGUGUCGUGAUGGAUGGGUUCGACUUCGAGAGUGAACAUUAGUCUCUGACAAUGUCGUGCGCCCGCUUCAACCCCUCCUCGAUUCAUCUCAUCUCAGCUGAAAAGCAUCUUCCCGAAUGCCGAAACACGCGUUGUGGAAAUGGUCCUCGAAGGCUGGUGAGUGUGGCACCGACCUUGGUGACUGCGCAUCCUCUGACUGCUUUCUCUACGCACACACCUCCAGCAACGGCGACGUGCAAGCGUCCAUCGAUCGAUUGCUCGAAAUGUCCUGA